AUGGGCGCGAUCACUAUGAUCUACGAGUUAAUGAUCACGUGCGUAUUUUUCGCAGACGUCGGCACGAUGCCGGUGGAUCGUCUAAACCAAUUAACAAAUUUCACACCCGAGAGCUCGUUAGGUUACAACAACUUGAACAACUCGACCGUGGUCGACAAUCCGCCCAACUGGGACAUUUUGGAGAAGAUCGACGUGAAGAAAUUACUGGAGAUACUGAAAAUACUCAGCGAAGAAAAAUCUGCAGAAGUGUCGGAAACUACGAGUUUACCGUCUACUACCGUGAACGCGGUACACGAAUUGGACUGUUCAAAAGACAAGGUCGACGAAGAUUUACAGAAAAGUCAAGUUACAAGAUUGGUGUUUUUGAAGACAGCGAAUGCCCUAGUGUCGGAUCACAUAAAAUCGGUUCACAAAACAAUUCAAAAGAACAACGACGUUUUGACGAAGCUUAAUAUUUUGAAAGGGAUGCUGAGGGAAGAUUAUAUACGCUCAAAAGGAUUGUCACCGUGGUUUAAAUACAAUAUGUCCAAGUAUAAAAAUAUUGAUAGC